AUGUGGCUGUGUACCCUCCUUCCUGUUCUCUUUGGCUGUCACUCUGUGUCUGCUGUUUCUGGACCAAGAGCCUGGCUGUUGCCAAGGCAUAGUCCUCGCUUUGACCGUCCUGGAGAUGUAAUGGUUGGGGGCAGCUUCUCCAUCAUUCACUUUUCUGAUGGUACCCUGUCUGAUUUCAGUGCCCCACCAGCUGGGCUGCAGGCUUCAAGCGUUUCCAUGUGGGGCUACCGGGUGGCCCAGAGUUUUGUUUUUGCCAUUGAGGAGAUUAAUAGGAGUGCUCACUUGUUGCCCAAUUUGACACUGGGCUUCUCCAUUCGAAACUCUGGGGACUCAGUGCAUGGAGCACUCCAUGAGAUGGUGGGCUUUCUCACGGGGCAGGAGGAGCCCAUCCCCAACUACACAUGUCAGCAUGGCUCUCCUCAGGCGGCCUUGGUUGGGGACACGCGGUCAUUGCUGUCUGUCUCCAUGGCCAGACUUCUGGGGCUGUACAAGUUUCCCCAGGUCAGUCAUGGAUCCUCACUACCCAGCCUGAGUGACAAGAUCCAGUUUCCAUCUUUCCUUCGGACCCUGACUAGUGACCUCACAUCUUCCCGUGCAGUUACCCAACUGAUAAUUCACUUCCAGUGGUCCUGGGUGAUCAUUCUGGCCCAUGAUGAUGACUUUGGGCAGGAAGCCAGCUCUCUGGCCACUCAGGUGCUGAGUCCAGCUGGGGUUUGCAUUGAGUCCCACCUCCAUGUCCCUUCCCAUCAGUCCUUGGAGAAGACUGAAGAGAUUGUCCAGAGGAUGCAGAAAUGCACCGCCAAGGUUGUUCUGGCUUUCCUAAGCAAUUCAAAUUUCCAGCUCAUCCUGUAUGGCUUAUUGGGUGUUCCUGUCUCAGGCCAGGUGUGGGUCAGCAAGGACACUCUGCACAUGGCUCUUGCUCUGACCAUUCCAGGCAUUUCUCGGGUCUUGCAAGGCACAUUUGGCCUUUUGCCUCAUGGCAGCAGGGCAAUUGGUUUCCCCGAAUUCCUUGCUCGCCUGCACCCCAGCCAGACCCCAGAAGACAUGUUUAUAAAGAAGUUCUGGGAGUUCACCUUUGAUUGCACAUGGCCCCACCAAAACAUCACAGUGACAGAGGGUGCUCAGCUCUGCUCAGGGAAUGAGAGUCUGAAGAACAAGCAGCAUCCUUUCCCAGAAGUGAGUAAAAUUGAUGCUGCGUACACAGCUGUCUACUGCAUUGCCCAUGCCCUGCAUGAUAUGAUAGCCUGUGGGCACCAGGAUGAGAAAGGUGCUGACUCUCCGGACUUCCAGCCCUGGCAGCUGCUUCAUGCCCUCAGAAAGGUGCACUUCAAGACUCCUGAUGGAAUCGAGAUUAUGUUUGAUGCCAAUGGAGAUUUGGUGUCAAAUUUUGACAUUCUUCAAGGCCAAAAGACCCCUGAAGGUGUGUUCCAAUUGGUUCUCAUAGGCAUGAUAGACUUUCAAGCCUCUUCAAGUAACAAAAGGAUGGUCCAUUUGAAGGAGGAUCUCCAAGUGCCCACCUCUGCCUGCAGUGAAAGCUGCCUUCCAGGGUUCAGGCAGGUUGCACGUCUGGGAGCCCCCAACUGCUGUUUUGAUUGCAGUCCCUGCCCUGAGGGACAUUUUGCAGACCAAAGAGACAUGAAGAGAUGUCUUCUGUGCCCCAAGGAGCAGUACUCGAGCCGCACCAGAGACCGUUGCCUGCCCAGGACAGAGAUCUUCCUGGCCUUUGAGGAACCGCUGGGAUUCACCCUGGCUCUGGUGGCACUCUUCCUGUCUGGUCUGGCUGUCCUGGUUCUCGGAGUGUUCCUGAAGCACCGAGAGACACCCGUGGUCAGGGCCAACAACAGAACUCUCAGCUACUUACUCCUGACCUCUCUUUCCCUCUGUGCCCUGUGUGCCUUGCUCUUCCUUGGCCGACCCACUGUGACCACCUGCCUCCUCCGUCAGACUACCUUUGCUGUGGUGUUCACGGUGGCUGUCUCCUCUGUUCUGGCCAAGACUCUCACAGUGGUCCUGGCCUUCAGGGUCACCAGGCCAGGGGGCAGGAUCCAGGUAUGCCUGAACCCUGGUGCUUCCACCUCAGUGGUCUUUAUUGCUUCCUCAAUUCAGGUUGUUCUUUGUGGGGUCUGGCUGGCCAUCUCGCCCCCAUUCCCAGACAGGGAUAUGGUCUCAGAGCCCCAACACAUUGUCAUCCAGUGCCACGAGGGUUCUGGUGCCACCUUCUUCUGUAUGCUGGGCUACUUGGGUUUCCUGGCAGGAGGUACCUUCUCUGUGGCUUUUCUGGCCAGGGGCUUGCCAGACGUCUUCAAUGAGACUAAGUUCCUCACCUUCAGCAUGCUGCUCUUCUGUAGUGUCUGGAUGGCCUUCCUGCCCCUGUACCACAGUGCCCGGGGAAAGUCCACUGUGGCUGUAGAGAUCUUCUCUAUCCUGGCCUCCACUGCUGGGCUUCUGGGUGGCAUCUUCAUCCCCAAGUGCUACAUCAUCUUGAUGAAACCUGAGAAGAACACAUUUGCUUGGCUAAGGCAAAGCCACCAGGCCCAGCAGGACAGGCAGCGAGAAAUGCUCCAGAGAAGGUGUCACCGCAGGCACACACCCAAAUGAUUAUGA